UUUUUUCCUUUCUUUAUUUGAUGAAGUAUAAUGGGGUUUCCAUGUGUUUAAUGUAUAAUUAAGAUGUUAUUUUGGAUACCCAUUUCAGAAAAUUUUCUCAAACUUGAUUUGUAUCAGUUUCCUGAUGACCCAUGACUUGGUUUUUAUUUUGUUUUUCAUGGUUCGUUUUGGUGGGUCAAAAAUAAUGAGCUAAUACGAGUCUGAAAUGGCCAACUUGUACAACUACAAACUGUCCUAAGGUUGCCGGUAUUUGCGGGUGGGCAAGUAUAAAAUUUUGACAAGGGAAAUGCUAAUGAGUGUUUUGAAUAGUUGAAGUCAAGGAAAAAUAUUCUCUUGAAUUUAAUGAAAAAGAUAUUUUUUUAAAAGUAGCACCUUUAUUAUAGACAUUAGUUAUCAAAAUUGUUUGUUGAAUGAGCCCUGAGAAUGGUUGGGAUGAAAAGUAACCUUUAUGUCACAUUUGGAUAUAUUUGUUUUUCCAACUCCUUUGACUAAGGGAACCUUUUAUGCAACUUAAAAGUUAGAGUUGGAAAGAAAGCUAUGUUUACUUGCAUGAUUGGAUUUGCAUUUAGUGAUAAUUUUUAAGUUGGAAAAGGAAAUCUGGGUUGUAUUUACAUAUCUUUAACAAUUCUUUUACACCCCUUCACGUGAAGAAGGUGGGAAGGGGCUAAUUGAACUCAUGGAACUUUCACUGUUUGAAAUUUCUCUUCUUCUUCUUCUUCUGGGCUGCAUGUUUGGCAUCAAUAAGGAAAUAAGUAGAGAUUACUGAAGGAUGGAUUUCUUUGAUUGCCUUUUAUGUCUUAUAAAUGGUUUUCCCCUGUCCUGUUUUCUCUGCAAACUGCUAUAAAAAUUUUGCAACAAUCUUAGGAAUCAUGAGCGUGUUUUGGGAUAACUCAACUUUUUGAAAGUCUGCAGCUCAGUCAAGAGUUCCAUCACUAGUUAAUUCUCUGUUAUUGGUGUCAAUGAUGAUAAGAAACAAUUUGUUUCCACCUUUAAUUCUUUUUUUUAUGUGGUGAUUCAUAAUUUAAGUAAGCCAAAAUCUAGAUGUUUCUACCUGAUUCAUGUUUUCAAGUGUAUUUUUCUUGGAGCUCAAAGUGAAUCAUAUUUAAAUAAAACGGAAAUAAUUUUCUCUUUGACAUUAAUUGCAAAUUGUGCAUUUGAAUAUAGUCCUAGCCACUUGACUAAAAUGAAGUGAGAAUAGAAAAAGGUUCUGAGGUCGUAGGCCGCAUUACUAGUUAUUAGGGGUUAUGUGAAAGCAUCUUUCUGAGAAUGGAAUUCACAAGAAAAGUGCUGGCCUUGAGGUGCUGAAAAUUAACGAACUCUGGUGGGAAAAACAGAGAAAAUCCAUCGAUAGAAUUACUUAUGGUGUAAGAGAAAAAGUGUAGUAUAUAGCAUGAUGUCUGAGUUACUUAAUCAGAAAUCUUCGAUACAAGGAAAAGUUCCUUCAGGCUAUCUUAACAGUAUUUUUAAUUUGAGUGGAGACUGGCUUCAUGAUGCUGCAGACACUAAAAAUCUUGCUUUUGAUGGUUACUUUAUUUCGUUGUAUCAUUUACACCUUACAGCAUCUCCACUCGUACUACAUGACAGAGUUAAGAAGUCUGUUCCACCUCACUGGGAUCCAGCAGCUUUGUCUAGGUUCAUCCAGACUUAUGGGACACACAUAAUAGUUGGCAUGGCUAUCGGAGGUCAAGAUUUAAUAUGUGUCAGGCAGAACUAUUCCUCGACAAUUCCCACUGCUGAGCUAAGAGGGUAUUUGGAGGAUCUUGGAGACGUUAUGUUUUCAGAUGGGAAAAGCCCUUCAUUACUACAGAGAAAAACAAGAUAUGCCAAACAAAAGGUGCCUGAGGUCUUUAACCGCAAUUUGCAGUCAAACGCCGUGCAGUUGGCCAGCAUUGCAGAAACAUCAAGCAAAGAUGGACUCACUAUCAUUAGUUCAAAAAGAGGAGGAAAUGUGUUCUUGCAUAGUCAUUCCAGCUGGCUCCAGACAGUACCUGCUAAGCCAGAAGGAAUUUUGUUCAAGUUUGUACCAAUUACUUCUCUUCUGACUGGGAUUCCUGGAAGUGGGUAUCUUAGUCAUGCGAUCAACUUGUAUCUUCGUUACAAGCCUGUUCCAGAGGAUUUACGGUAUUUCUUGGAGUUUCAAGUUCCGCGGCAAUGGGCACCUAUGUUUUGUGAGCUGCCACUUAGGCAUCAGAAGAAAAAAGCUGCUUGCCCUUCCCUGCAAUUCGCUUUCUUGGGUCCUAAGAUGCAUGUCAGCACUACGCAGGUUUCAAGUGAUUUAAAACCAGUAGUAGGCCUCCGCUUGUACUUAGAAGGAAAGAAAUGCAACCGGUUGGCGUUGCACGUGCAACAUCUGUCAAGUCUUCCAAAUAUAAUGGCAUUCACAUCAGGCAGACCAUGCCAAUGGCGAGGUUCGGAUGAAUAUAAGUCCAGUGAUCAAUUUUUAGAGCCAGUCAGAUGGAAGAGAUACUCAAAUGUGUGCACAUCUGUUGUUAGGCAUGACCCUAACUGGUUGCAAGAAGCUUCAAGUGGUGUUUUUAUUGUAACUGGUGCACAGCUCCUUAGCAAAGGGAAGUGGCCAAAGACAGUUUUGCAUCUCCGUCUGCUUUACACCCAUAUACCCAACUGCACAAUCCGGAAGACAGAGUGGGCAGCUGCUCCGGAAACUUCUCGUAAGGCCAGUUUCCUCACAAAUCUAAGCACGACUUUCACAUUCACUCACCGGAUGGUCACUGAACAACAAAAGCAGGCCCCAACUGUACUUAAUUCUGGUGUAUAUCCCGAUGGUCCACCUGCACCAAUUCGCUCCAAAAAACUGCUAAAAUAUUUAGAUACAUCUGAGGUUGUACGCGGUCCACAUGAUGCUCCUGGACAUUGGUUGGUAACUGCAGCUAAGCUGGUCAAUGAGGGUGGUAAGAUUGGCUUGCAAGUGAAGUUUGCAUUGUUGGACUAUCCAUGAAUUUGAGCUUCUAUUGUACAUAUUGAGUGAGAUUGAUACAUUUUACCAUGCAUGGAAAAAAAAAAAGUUGAAUUGAUUUUUCUUUUAAUCCCUUUGUACAAGUGGAGGGUGCUAUAGCUUGAAUCUAUUGUUCAAAUUCGUACCCUCUCAACCACCUGGGCUGCAACCCUGGUGGAAAAUUGAUUGUUGCCACUUGUUUUUAUUUUUCUUCUUUCUUCAUUUUGAUCAGAAGAAACCAUUCAGGGAGUUCCAUUUUUGUAA